CCCAAUUUGUCGUGUAAAACCAACAAAAGUGACUGCCCAUCAGUCAUCUAUAUAUCUCUAAACCAACCCACUUUCUUUUACUCUUUCUUUGACAUAUAACUAUAACUAUAUAUAUAACAUCUUUAUACUUUUAUUCCAUUAAUUUUCUUUAAUUUGAUCAAGGUUACUAAUUUUGCUAGCAACAACUUUUCCAGCAGCUUGUUCAACCAAAUACAUGGCGGAAGGUGGUGGUUCAGGUGAUGAUACAAGAAGUAGCUGUCCACGUGGCCACUGGCGACCGGCCGAAGAUGAAAGGCUACGGCAGCUUGUAGAACAAUAUGGUCCUCAAAAUUGGAACUCUAUUGCUGAAAAACUUCAAGGAAGAUCAGGGAAAAGUUGUAGAUUGAGAUGGUUCAACCAACUUGAUCCAAGAAUUAAUAGAAGGCCAUUUACAGAAGAUGAAGAACAAAGACUAGUUGCAGCUCAUAGAAUACAUGGCAACAAAUGGGCAUUAAUUUCAAGAUUAUUUCCUGGUAGAACUGACAAUGCUGUGAAGAAUCAUUGGCAUGUCCUAAUGGCAAGAAAGCAAAGGGAACAAUCCAAGAUUUGUGGCAAAAGAAGCCUAUAUCAACAGCAACAUCAUGAUAACUUUCUAAGUGAUUCUAAAUCACUCUCCUAUGGUUUUCGAAGAAAGAACUACAACAACAUCUGCAACAAUAAUAAUGAUAAUCCGAAAACACGAGAAGGUAAUUAUGGCUCCAAAAUCAACUUCUUUGAAUUUCAAAACCCCAACAAAGAUAGGGUUUUCUCAAUGUCCACAUAUUCAUCUACACCUGAAUUUUGUGGAAGAAAUAGGAACCAUUUGUUUAGAGAAAGCUCACUAGACCAAAAAUCUUUAUGUCAAGAUAAUUUAAGCUUUUCAAGCCAUGGAGGAGGAGCUAAUACUUAUAAAGGGAGUAUAAUUCAAAACCCUUUUAGUUAUGCUGAUAGAAAUGGAUCUGAUGACAUAACGGAGAGAGUAGUGAAUAUUAGCGAUAGUACAUUUUCAUUCGGGAAUAUGUUCAGGGCAAGCAUUGAACAACAACGACGACAACAACAACAAUAUGUAGAAGAAGCAAGGGAAAAGAAGGAUAUUCCCUUCAUAGAUUUUCUUGGUGUGGGGAUUUCUUCUUGAUUAUCUUUUUUUCCCUUAUUCUUUGUUUAAUGUUUUAACAAUUCUUUUUGAUAAGUUUCAUCUUCAAUUAAAAUAUAAGUAUUCGAUAUGCUUCCUAGUUAAUUUCCUUAUCAUGUUAGUCACUGCCUAUAGUUGUUGUUCAAGUGAUAGCUUAAUUAGCUAGCUGUUUCUUUAACCUCUAAGGUAAAAAAGUACUCUUAGGUUUUACUUAAUCAUCCUAAUUUCUUAGGGAGAUGGAUUUUGAACACUUGUAGCAUAAUAUAUGUAAUAAACUUUGAUAUGAAUAUAAUAUACUAUUAUGUUGAAA